CGGCGCACGCGCACCCUUUCGUCGCUGCCACUGCCGGCGUAUCCCAUCGGCUACCGCUGCCAUUCUCCUCUGACCUCGCCGCCGCCGCCCUUGGCUCCUCUCUCCCUCGCUGCCGCCGCCCUCCGUUCUCCACUUCUCCCAUCGCAGCCAGGACAAGCGGCCCAUCACGGGCAGCCUCCACGCGUCCGCGCGGUCGCGCCCCCGCGGACGGGACAGGGAGCCGCGGGCGACAGGCGGCGGCGCCGGAUCCACGAGGUAUGUGCUACUGCUGCUCCUGUUCCCUGGGGCUCCGGGUCCACGGUGUCGGUGCUCCCCGGUCGGGGAGCGAGGUGUGCGGGGAGGAGAGGAAAGAGGGGGCCUCAUCCGUCGGGGCUCGGAUGAGAGAUGCUCUUGCGUCCACAGCCAGAGCCGCGCCUUCUCCGCUCUUGCUCAACAACUCUCUCUUCUCUCCGACGAUUCUUACUCGUCCAACUCUGGUGGGUAGCGGUAGACGGCCAGCGACGGGGUGGGUCCUGCCUGCUCCUCAUCCCUCUCUCGGAUUGAGGCAUGGUGGUGGCUAGGUUAGGGUUUCCCACUCAGGGUCGUCGGGGGAGGGUUCCAUGGCCGGCGGGCUAAGAGGAGCGUCUGGCGGCGGCAGUAGGCACAGCGGGCGGUGGCGGGUCAAGGCUGGCGAGGUGAGGCGGCGUCGGUGCUACGGUUGACAGGAAGGGCUAACGGAGGGGGCGAGUGUCUUCCUCAGUUGGCGGCCAUUGCCUGUGGUAGUGGUGGUAGACAGUAAACAUUUUCAUUGCCCGAAUGACUGAUUGCGAUUAUGAUUACAUGGUGCUUAUCCAUGGAUUGUCAUUUCAUUAUGUUCGCUAGGAGGUAAUAACAGGAAGCAUCAAUCACUAGAAACAUAAAUAUCACCAGUUGAUCUAAAAUAAGGAAACAACAUUUUUGGCUAAUGAUCAAUCAAACGAGCAAACCAUGAUUCCUAAAAUCUCAUACCUACAAAGGAGAUACUCAAUAGUCUGGUCAAUUCAGGUGUACAUACAACUAAUGUUAAGCUCAUCACCAUCACGAAAAUGGCUCAAAGAUUGUCUUAACAUGUUACAAGGCUGACAAAAGUACUUGCAGGACCAUCCAAAUCUUGAAAUUACAAAUGAAAUGUUCCGGCUGAAAGCAGCUGCCUAAGGUUUUUGAAUUGCAGAUUCAAGUACUAAAUAUUUAAUUUCUUGUUUAAAAAGUUCAUCGGAAGAAUUUGCAGGAUGGUAAAAGAAACAGCAUUUUUUUUUCUAUCGCCACUAUCGCCAUUCGCCAUCAGCUAGAAAUUUAUCAUCAGAACUUACAAAAUCUAGCUUAACUGAAGCAUCACUGGUUAUCAUUUUGGAUCCAGAACACAACCAUAGUUAGGCAUUUCUUUUACUGCUUUAAGUUUUUAUCAAGUUUGUCGUUCAAUUAGGCUUGGAAUUGGGAUAUCCUAAAUCAUGCUGUUUUCCCCCUUUUCUACAAGUUACCUAUCAUUAUAUGUCUUGGUUGAGUGGUUUAAGCGCUUAGAAGUUGGCCCUACGCAUGCAAAUUCAGCAGCUCCACCACUGCUAAUGAACAAGAGAUAAACAGAUUUACUAUGUCAAUGACACCCAAAAAACAAUUAUAUGGUUUGUAUUUGUCAUUUUUUUCAUCGCUAAGCCUAUAAUGCUUUUGUACACUUUUCUCCUGAAAUCCGUAUGCAUACUUCUUGCACAAAACAGUUACAGAUUAGGGCAAGUAAGCGUUGAACCUUAUUCCUGCAGAGAUUGCCCUUCUAUGGAGGCAUCCAAAGAAAAUGCUUCCAAGGAGUAUGCUGAUUUCGAAGAGAAGGUUAAGAGGACCAUAUAUAUCGACCAUCUUUCUCCUCAAGUUACGACCCCAGUCAUCAAAGCAGCUCUUGCCCAGUGUGCAAAUGUUACCAAUGUGGAGUUCAUUGUCAACUACACAAUCCCGUAUGAUAUACCUUCUGCCGCGUUGGUAGAAUUGGAUGAUGAAAUGCAGGCCAAGGCUGCUGUAGAAUUGAUGACUGAUUUCCCAUUCAUAAUUGGUGGAAUGCCAAGGCCUGUACGUGCUACCUAUGCAAAGGCUGAGAUGUUCCGGGAUCGCCCUCCUUGCCCUGAUCUUAAGAAAUAUUUCCGCUGGAUAAAACAAGGAGAUGGUGAGUAUGAAGCAAUGAGGAAACUGAAAAACCUUGCAAAGAGGCAAGAGGCAGAGAACAUGGCUCUCAUAAAGAAUCUAUUGGACGAGGAGAAGGAACUGGCAAAGCAGCAGCAAGAAGCACUUAAUGGGAAUGGCAAGAAGUAUCAAAUGCUGGAAAAUGUGGUGUCGGAUGGAACCAUCAGGAACCUUGCUCAUCAUUACGGAGUGAAGCUGGAUGACUGAUGGGACAAAUUCAUGGAACAGCUGCGCAGUCAUCAUUUUGCCCUGGGGCGUUGGAAGACGCUGUGAUGAAUUAGAUUACUUGUGACCCAGUAGCUAGAUCCUGCGGUGUAACAAUUGGCCCGACAUAGAUAGUUCUACAAGCUGUGGCUGCAUUAGAAUCCGAGAUAAUGGUAGCCUCAGCGUACAACCUUUUGUUUCUCAGCCUGUAACUAGUCGCCGAAACUGAGGCAUACUCUGUCGUGUGAUGUGUCUCGUGUACAUAUUGCUACAUGAAACUGGAGUACCUUACUUCCUUGUGUCCAAGCCCCCCAAGGUUUUUUAUCUGCAUUA